AACGUUAUACCGGUUAAGAUUCAGUUGAAAAUUAGAGACGAACCGAGCCGCAUCAGUAUUUUAUAAGUUCGAUUUUCGACGUAUCAAAACUGAAGUUUUUAUUCGAAGCACCUGCAGAAAUGAAGCAAAUACUGUUCAUCGUUAUGAUCAGUUGCAUGGUGAUGAUUGUUCUAACAGCUGAAAAGCCACGACCAAAAGAGUGUAAAACUGUUUGUUCGAUGGAAUAUGAUCCAGUUUGUGCCGGUGCACCCGGUGAAACAUCAAAGACGUUUGGUAAUGCGUGCGUAAUGCGAAACUACAAUUGCGAAAAUGAUAAACAUCUAUCGGUUUUAUCGGAAAAAGAAUGUCCCGGUGGUGGAGGGGUUCGAUUGUCUUAGGUAAUUCAGGUAAACCAAUAAUGAGAAAAAUAACGUUUUUGUAUAAUAAACCGUUUUAUUACCUUCAGAUUUUGUACGUGCUGCAAGUCGCAACUCAAAUUCUAAUGACUUCAUUUACCUACUUAAUCGUUGAAUAAAUUCUUUUAAAUUA